AUGAAGAUAGCAAACAACACAGUAGUGACAGAAUUUAUCCUCCUUGGUCUACAGUCUCAAGAUAUUCAGCUCUUGGUCUUUGUGCUGAUCUUAAUUUUCUACCUUAUCAUCCUCCCCGGAAAUUUCCUCAUCAUUUUCACCAUAAAGUCAGACCCUGGCCUCACAGCCCCCCUCUCUUUCUUUCUGGGCAACUUGGCCUUCCUGGAUGCAUCCUACUCCGUCAUUGCGGCUCCCCGGAUGUUGGUGGACUUCCUCUCUGCGAAGAAGGUAAUCUCCUACAGAGGCUGCAUCACUCAGCUCUUUUUCUUGCACUUCCUUGGAGGAGGGGAGGGAUUACUCCUUGUUGUGAUGGCCUUUGACCGCUACAUCGCCAUCUGCCGGCCUCUGCACUAUUCGACUGUCAUGAACCCUAGAGCCUGCUAUGCAAUGAUGUUGGCUCUGUGGCUUGGGGAUUUUGUCCACUCCAUUAUCCAGGUGGUCCUCAUCCUCCGCUUGCCUUUUUGUGGCCCAAACCAGCUGGACAACUUCUUCUGUGAUGUCCCACAGGUCAUCAAGCUGGCUUGCACCGACACAUUUGUGGUGGAGCUUCUGAUGGUCUUCAACAGUGGCCUGAUGACACUCCUGUGCUUUCUGGGGCUUCUGGCCUCCUAUGCAGUCAUUCUUUGUAGCAUACGAGGGUCUUCUUCUGAGGCGAAAAACAAGGCCAUGUCCACGUGCACCAACCGUAUCAUUGUUACAUUCUUCAUGUUUGGACCUGGCAUCUUCAUCUACACUCGCCCCUUCAGGGCUUUCCCAGCUGACAAGGUGGUUUCUUUCUUCCACACAGUGAUUUUUCCUUUGUUGAAUCCUGUCAUUUAUACCCUUCACAACCAGGAAGUGAAAGCUUCCAUGAAAAAGUGUUUAAUAAGCACAUAGCCUGAAAAAGGGCAAAAAAAAAAAAAAAAGAA